CAUCAUAUCAUACUCAUUAAAAACAAGAGAAAAAAAAAAGAAAUAAUUACGCUCUUUCUCUUUCUUGUUACAAAUUUUUCCGCCGCCUCGUCGUGUACACACCACCACCGCCGAAAACUUUUACCGCCGAUUCACCAUCCCGCCGGAAACACUCCCUACACAACCACUACAUCCAUUAACUCACCAAAACAAAAUCAUUUAUUUUCAAUAAAACCAAAACUUUCAUGUGUUCAUAAUAAUAGCUUCAUUGAAUUGAUUCAGCUUAUACGAUGGAAGAAUCUCAGAAAAAUCCCCCACCAAUGCCACCACUUUCCACCACAUCGCCACCGCCAAAAAAGAAGCGAAACCUCCCUGGAAUGCCAGAUCCAGAUGCUGAAGUAAUCGCUUUAUCUCCGAACACUUUAUUAGCUACGAAUCGUUUCGUUUGCGAGAUCUGCAACAAAGGAUUCCAACGGGAACAGAAUCUGCAACUUCACCGGCGAGGUCAUAACAUGCCGUGGAAGCUUCGGCAGCGAGGAAGCAACGAAAAUCGCAAGAAAGUGUAUAUUUGUCCGGAACCUUCCUGUGUUCAUCACAAUCCGUCAAGAGCGUUAGGUGACCUCACCGGCGUGAAAAAGCACUUUAGUAGAAAGCACGGUGAGAAGAAGUGGAAAUGUGAACGUUGUUCGAAAAAUUACGCUGUGAAAUGUGAUUGGAAAGCGCAUAUGAAGAGUUGUGGAAGUAGAGAGUAUAAAUGUGAUUGCGGCACUUUGUUUUCUAGGAGAGAUAGUUUCAUUACGCACAGAGCAUUCUGUGAUGUAGUGGCGGAUGAGAGUGGAAAAGGAGGUAGCAAUGUUGUUGAUGCGGUGGUUUCUUCUCCGGCGACGGCUCCAGUGACUCCGUCUACGAUAUCUGCUGUGACUCCGUCUACGAUAUCUGCGGUGUCUCCUACUUUGUCGUCUAUUCAGAGCUCAGAUAUUGCAGAAAACACAGCAAGGCUGUCACCAACACCAUCUUCAAAUGCUAUCACUUCCACUUCUACAAGCUGUUAUUCUUCAUUCAGUACUCUCAUGUCAAGUUUGACUCACUCAAAUUGCUCCGCAGCUUUCUCUGUCACUGAACCCACCACCCUCUCACUUUUCACACCACUCUAUCUCUCCAACAGCAACAACAACCAUGAUUACCCUAUUUCCCACUAUACCACUGUAUCUCCACAACCAGCAUUAUCGGCCACUGCAUUGCUCCAUAAAGCUGCUCAAGUGGGUUCAUCUUCGUCUAAUGCAUCCUUACUUCGUGCUUUAGGCUUGAAAGAAAACACUGUCAGUAGUAUUAACAGUACCACAAAAGUACAAUGGAAGAAUGAGCAUGAUCAUGUAAAGCAAGAGAAUGAGCCUGAGGCAGAUUACCUUGGGCUUGGACUUCCCUAUGGGAAUGAAAUGAUAGGCUCAACCGGUCAGCCCAUGACCCGUGAUCUUCUUGGUUUAAGCAUGGGAUUGGGUAGAGGGGAUGAUCUUUCUGCGCUGCUCACAUCUUUUGGAGGGAACUUUGAUUCAUCCACAAAGAGAUGAGCAACUUUAAAAAAAUGGUUGGAACCGAGUAAAGGCUUUCGCAAUUUUGAUCGGUACAAAAUAAGUGUUCCGACACUAAAUGUGAUCGUUAUAGCAUAAUUAACAUAAAAAUGAUUAAUAGCUAUAUCGGUAUCGACCAUAAUUUAUUGCGGUUGUUUUUGCGAUAGUGGAUAUUUUUAGACAAUUGAGUAGUGGCCCCACCUAGGAGUUUUUUGUUUUGUUUUGUUUUCGUGACUGGUAAAUUAGCCAACUCAUGUUCUAUUUCUUUGGCAUAACUUGAGUUGGCUCUAGAUAUAUAAAUGAUUCGAUUGUAGAAACUACUUUUUGAAUAUUUAUAUGUAUAUACGUCUUUUUAA